AUCACAUCUUGACUAAAAGAACGCACAUAAAUAUUUGGACAAUUUGGUUAACGCCUGAUUUAUUGAAAUUUAUUACAAACAUGGGCAUAAAAUAGCGUACACAUGAAGAAUUUUAUCAAAAUCAAGGGAUGAUCGAAAAUUCCGCACAUAUGAUCAAUGAUUCUAAAACUAUUAAUUGAUUGAUUUGAUCGAUUAGUCUUUUAAUCAUGUUAAACAGAGUUGCAAACCUUGGUUCGAACUCUCAAAUUCCCCGCGGUAAUACUUUAACUAACGAGCGAAACUCGGAAAAAAAGAAAAGGUCGAUUUUUCGCACAUCUCGUUCAGCAUCGAAAUCGCGUCAAAACAUAUCAUCAUCUGCUAUAUGGAAUAAUCAUAGUAGUAGCAACAUUAGAUAUGAUAAUAGUAAUAAUAAAGACAAUGAAUAUUUUUCAUAUCCAAAGGACUUAUCCUGGGAACAAAUAAUAACGAAUGAUGGCUUUAAAAAGCAUUUUCUUAAAAUAUUUUGUGAAAAAGUACGUGAAGGAGAUCAUUUUAAAACUAUAAGAAUUAAUGGUUCAACAACGGCAGGAUCAGUUGUUAAAGAGUUAGUUGACACUUAUUAUUUAAAAUAUGGGACACGUGAUGAUUUUUGUUUAUAUGAAAUUAUUGGACAUAUUCAACCAGUUUCAUCUCAUUUAUCAGCUACACCUAUUUGGUCUUUCACUGAACGUAAUACUCGUCAAAUAGAUUUAAAUGAAAAUAUUAUCUCAUUAUUACAGAACACCAUUCCAGGUUACGGAUUAUGCCGGAGAUUAGAACUUAGACCCGUAAACAGUGACCAUAAUACAACUGGAUCCAUGUUUAUGAAAGAAAGUAGAGGUGUAGAUGGUUCACAGGCUAGUUUACGAGGUUCUGUUUCAGCUUCUCAAACUACAUUAAAUUCAUCAAGAUCUUGUACACCUGUAAAUGGGAUUACACACUUCAAAGAUUCUCGACGAGGUCGUGCAUUUAGAGGACUACAAAUUCCACAUGGACCUUAUUUCCUUUUAUUACGUGGUAAUCAACCAGAUCGUGAUGUUCUUUUGCAUGAUGUUACCAAAUUAAUCAUUGAUAAUGCAAUGCAGUCAUAUAUGACUAUUGGUUAUGGGAAACACGUUAAUAUUCGGCUAUAUCCUACACCAUCUGAAAUGAAUUCAUCUGAAGGGGAUUGUAUUAUUGCAAAAGUUGUAGGUUAUAAUGUACUAAACACAUCAAAUAAUUCAUCUAAGGAAAGUUUAGUAUUUCUUGAACCAUGGGAUCAGAGUAUUGAUCCUACUGUUAGUUCUAGUGGUCCGAUGACACCUAAUAGUUUUCAUCGUAUACAAGAUAAUAUUGAGAUUUAUGUUAAUGAUAACUUGGUCAAACCAUCUUGUUCACUGAAAUUCCAAAGACAACAACUUCGUCCUGGUGAUCUCAUCUUUUUUGGUUCACGUAAACGUGGUUAUGUAUAUUUAUUUAAAGAUCCAAGGUGUAUACCUGACCAUAAAUUAGAACUUUCAUUUACAAAAAAUGAUACUGGUAGUAUUAAUAAUAUGGAAAUAAACAGAAACGUGAAAAAUAUCAAGGCAAAUGUAUCCAAUGAUAAUGAUAUCACUCCGCGUUCAUCAGGACACGACAGUUCGAGUGUUUAUUCAUCCUCUGUACUCGAAGAUAUGAAACAAUUCAAAGCAAUUCCAGCAUUAAAUGAAUUGGAAUGGAUAAUUGAGCCAUUGCUAGUUCCAUUGAAAAUUUCUGAUUCAACAUCUUUAUCAACUUCGGUAUCAACUUCUUCUCUGUCAUCAUCCAUUUCACAGAAAUUAAUAAGUUUAGAUGCAUUAGGUGUAUGGGAUAUCAAAACCGAUUCAAUAUUAGAACCAUGGAGAUCAGCAUGUUUGUUAAGUUUAUUGAUUAGAGCUAUUGGAUUGACUAAAUUACGCAAUGACAAUACUACUGUUACUACUUCUUCAGUCACUACUCAUAAACAUAUCAAUAGUACUGUGAAGAAUGGUAUUAAUACUAAAAAUCCAGGAUUUAACACAUUAAGGAAUAAUUCCAUUGAACAUCUUUUUAAACAAAUCACAUCAAUAUUAUCUAAUUAUCAAAAACGUGCAGAGUUGACUGAAUCUGGUCGAAUAGUCUUCCAAUUUUGGCUUAGUUUAUUCUUCUACGACUUGGCUAUCUACCUCACACCCAAUUGGCUUACGCAUGACAUUAAAUGUCCUUCAGUUGGUACAGUAGAUGUUAAAGAUAAUACAUCCUCUUUGUUAUCACAACCGACCUCACCUAGUUCAGAAAAUCGCCAUCAGAAUACUUCCAAAUCAGAUUUAUCUUUAAAUCAUUUGUUCGGUGAACUGCUAGCUCCUGAAACGUUGGCAGAGAUCGAAGAAAUUAGAAAAUUAUCAUAUACACUAGCUGACCAAAUAAUUGAUCAAUUAAUUAAAACGACAUGUCAUUCUAUUUCACCGUACAUUUCUGCGUUGUAUCAAUCCUCUCCACAUGAUUCCCCACUUCGUUCACAACCUGACAGAAUUUAUUUUACGUCACCAACUGAAUGGACAUGUAGUCGGUCUGAAUUAUCCAAAUGGUUAGAUCGAUUGGCUUCAUGUUUUGAUGCAGCUUUCUAUCCAUCUGGUGGUACACCAAUAUCUGUAUUAAAUGAUAAUGAAAAUUUGUCUACCAAUUCUGACUCAGUACAUUCACUUGUAAGUAAUAAGAGCCAGAAUGGUAUAUCGUUCAAUAACAGAGUAAACAAUCAACAACACUAUCGUCGAACACAUCAACAAUCGAAUCAAUUAGUACCUAAUUUACAAAAAUAUUCAGAAACUAGUGAUUUGAGUAUGUCAGGUGGUGAUUCAGAUAUGGAUAAUGAAUAUUAUUCAGGGUAUAAUAAACCAGUACAAAUGAAAAACAUCAAUCUUCCGGAUGAUGAAGUAUUCUCAACAGAUUGUUCAAAACAUAAUACAAUGCAAUCUAUAGACCAUAGUUUUUCACAUCAUUCAAUGAAUUCAACAAUGAAUCGUUUAGAGGCUAUAUUUUGGCGUCGAUUAUUAGCUAAUAUUUCUUAUGAAAUACUGAAUACUAUACUUUUCACAGGAACUGUUAAAAUUGAUCAUGAAACUGGUACACACUUACUCAAUGGAAUUAAUUGGUUAGAUAGUUGGCUAAGAAUUCGUAGACUGGAUAAACAUAAACGUCCGUUGAAUAUAAUAAUUCAAGUUGCAAAUUUGUUAGCUACACCUAGAAAACAACUUCUAAAGAUGACUUGGAAUGAAAUGCGAGAAGCUUAUUCUUACAUCCCACCUGCUCUGUUGCGAUUUUUAUUAGAAGAGUAUGAAGACGGAUUCGGUGCACAGAAUGCAAAUAGUUGGAGUAUUGAUGAAAAAGAUGCAGCAGUGGUAGACGAAGAUCCUACUGACUUAAUCGAAAUAGCAUUAAAAGGAUGGAGAUCUAAAGAGCGGUUACUUCCAGGAAAAACAUAUGCUAAUCAAUCACCUAUUUAUAAACCUGUGGAUCCGUAUGGUUUGUGUGUCCAGAGUGCUAUGCAGACCUGUGUUAAUCAAUUAGAUGGAAAAUUAUCUGCUAUUCAAUCACCUGUAAUUUAUUUUCGAUGGCAAGAAUUAAUGCGUGAAUUCCCUCCACCGAGAGUUAUGCCACAGAUUCAUAUAAAUCAUAACCAUACAUUUAAUAGAUCAACUAUACGAAAUAAAUUGGCAAUUGCAAAUCGUAAACGAUUACCAAUACGAUCUAACAAUGGUAGAAUGAGUAUAUCACCUUCAGUGAUGAAUCAAAAUACUACUCUUAUAGAAAAUUCAGAAUUUUCACCUUUACCAAAUAAAACACAAACAAGUCAAUUUGACAUUUCAGUGAAAUCAGUUGAUCAAACUUCUAAAUUUUCUAAUGAUAUGAAACCAAAACCAUCGAGUGGUGAACCAGUAUGGGGUGGUAGUCAUUCUUCAGGAAUGAACAAUCCACAAGAUACUAGUAUGGAUAGUAAACAAAAAGCAUUAUACUAUCUCAAAGGAUUGGCUGCUUCAAUUGGUGGUAUAGAUUUAAUUGCUAAUGCUAAUGGCGAUCAAGAUUUUUUACCUGAGUCGAAAUAUUUGAAUAAUCCUCAAAUGGGAAGUAAAGUUAAUGACUAUCCACAAGAAAAUGUUUACCACAGUCAAGUGUUUAAUCGAAAAGUUAUCAGCCCUCAUUGGCAAAAUCAAAUGUUAGAGACUAACAGGACAGAAAUUCCAGUAUCUCCUUGGUAUCAUGAUCCUCGACUUCAAGUUCCAAAUGGAUUAUCACAAAGCCUAGGCGAUUUUAAUAAUGGUUUCAGACCCCCCUCAAAUGCUCCUUCACUGAGUCGUCUAAACAUGGAUCAAUUAAAUGAAACAGCCAAUGAUUGGAAACAAUAUCGAAUGUCAUUACUGGGUCAAGGAUUAGACAAAAUUCGAACUUCAAAGGCAGGAUCUAGAUCAGUUACUCCAAGAUUGAUAUCCAGUCGUAAUGUGAGCAGUAGCAUGUCAAAUUUGCCAAUAAAUCAGUUUAAAAUUCCAGAUAUGAUUAUUCAAGAGGCAGCAGAUAAUAUUUCAGAAGUAGUUAGCGAAUUAGAUCGAGGCAGAGAUACAGAUUCUGAUGCUAUGAGUUCCGUUAAUUUAUUGGAUAUCAAUCCAGAACGAGCACUUAGCGAUGUAUUAGCACGUAGUGGUUUGGGAAAUUCCGUUUCAAAUGUAACACUUUAUAAAGAACCAAACUCUGGUUUCGGUUUAGUAUUAGUUGACGGUGAGCGCACUAGCCUUGAUCAACCAGGUAUAUUCGUCAAAUCUGUUGCUCCCAACAGUGUGGCUGAAAUGAAUGGAACAUUUAGACUAGGCGAUCGUAUUUUAGCAAUAAAUGGACGCGAUCUAACAAGCAUGACGUAUAAAGAUGAAAUUAUAACCAACAUCGAUUGUGAAGGAGAAAAUUGAGAAUUAUGCUCUAGACUAUUCUCGAUGGAAUUAUUGACCAUUCUGCUGCAUCACAAUUAGUUAGUAAUCUCUUAUAAGGGAAUUCUGAUUCAGAUGUAUUCAGAUGAGAAUCUUUACUGUUUAUACACAGAAAGAAAUUUUCGACAAGGUUUAGUGCUCUAGCUCUCUUACGACAAUGUGUCAGUCAAACAACUUUCACUGUUCUUCGUUGUAAUCUGCCUGACCCACAAGCUUUGUUGAAACGUAAAGAAAUAUGAACAGAACAUGUAUGAACAGCUAUCGUAACAAAAGCGACGAAUUCAUAUUUUCCUGUAGACUAUAUAUGUGGUUUCCAGGAAUUCAUUUGAAUUUCAUUACAGAUUCUAGUACUCAGUAUUAUUUUACAAGUUUAUUUCAAUUUUAACUACCGGAUAAAUUCACAAGAUAUGAGACGUAGGAAAAUUAAAAUGAGAGCAUCAUCUAUACAUUUCUUUUUUCAUUUAUAAAAUGUAUCGAACCAUUCUUUUUUUUUUCAAAAACAAUUAAAUACGCCAAAACUUCCUUCAAUAUGUAUCUGAACAGAGUACAUCUUAAAGAAAUAAUUUUACUCUAUUAUUAAUAUUAUUUGAAUUUGGAGUUAAACAACAGUAAUCCAAGUUGACAGUACCUUCUUAUUAACUAAUCUUUUUUUCUUUAUACAAUCUUUUCCCCGUAUAAAAUUUGUUUAAAUUAUAAAAACCUUUAUUUUUUCCACUUUAUUCAAGAAGAUAAUAUUUCACACAUGGAAGAUCUUCAUAUCUUUACAUUUUUUCUUUAAAUUCUUAUAUUCUAACUGUUUUAUAAAAACCCAAAUAAGUAAAGUUUAUUGACAAAAGUUAAUAAUUAUGUUGAAGAAAAUAAACAAAUCUAUAUAAAUGCCUACAUAUAAUCAACAAAUUUAUCUAGACAUAUCGUUUAUGUAUGUUUGAUUUUUUUUCUUUUUUUGUUUAACUUAUCUCAUUUCAGAUAAUCGACUUUUUUUUAAAAAAAAGGAAUAAUUUUGUAGGUAUAUUUUGAUCAGUUUACAAAUUUGUUUUAUAUUUUUACAUCUUUAUAUUAUUACUUAAAUAUUUUUAUCAUUACAUAUUUCAUUCAAAUAAAUUAAAAAGAAAAGAGUUCUAUCAACAAACGUUGAAGACAAAGUUCCCAUCCCAACGGACCAAAUUUAAUCUUACUACAAGCAAUCACAAUUACCGUUGGUUUGUAAAAAUAUAUAAAUACAAAUUAUGGAGUAAUCAGUUUAUUCAGAACCUAGAUGGAACCUGUCCUGCUUUCUGGGAUUGAUUUCACAAUCCGCUUCACAUAGUCUACAGAAUACCAGGAGAACUAGUAUUUCAGACACAACUGGUUGCAAAGUUGAUCUUAAAGGUCGUCAUGCACACAGAAUAAACCAUCGUGAAGAAUGGUA